AUGGAGCCGGGCUGGUGGUCGCCCUCGCCGUCGGCCUCGCCGCCGCCGCCGCCCCGCGCCCCGCCGCCGCGCUGCCGCUGCCGACACCCGCUCUCCACCAGCUACAACUGCCUGCCGCACUAUGCUACGAAGCGUGAGGCUGAAGACCAAGCUACCGCCGCUGCGCUGACUCUGCCGACACCAGCUCGCCACCAGUUACAAUUGCCCGCCGCACUAUACCAUGGCCGGCUGAUGGAGCCGGGCUGGUGGACGCCCUCGCCGUCGGCCUCGCCGCCGCCGCCGCCCCGCGCCCCGCCGCCGCGCUGCCGCUGCCGACACCCGCUCUCCACCAGCUACAACUGCCUGCCGCACUAUGACGGCUGGCCAGAUGGCGAAGAAGAGUCCUCUGGCGGUGCGUUGCGAGAGCGAGAACUACGCUCGCUGCACCGCACCGUGCCCGCGCUGCGCCGGCGCGAGCUCGACACCAGGGCCAUCAAGCACCACUUCUACCCCGAAGGGGGGUGGGGGUGGAUCGUGUGCGGCGCAGCGUUCUUGGCGCACCUGUUGUCCACCGGCCUGCAACUGGCUUACGGCGCGCUCCACGUGUACGCGCUUAGGCACCUCGGCCCCGGAGCGGACCACGCUGUUUGGGCGGGCGCGAUAUGCGUGGGGGUCUCCAGGGCGGCCGGAGCGCUGGUGGCUGGGCGGAAGAAGUCGCCUAGGCUCGUAGCGCUGCUGGGCGGAUUGCUACUGCCUCUCGCCUGCCUCUUCACCUCCUUCGCUACACAACUACAUCAGACCUUACUUAGCUAUGGCGUAGUCCUGGGCAUAGGCUGCGGGCUGGUACGCGAAGCAGCUGGCCUGGUGCUGGGCGCGUACUUCCGCAGAAGACGGCAAUUCGUGGAGCUGGUGGCCCACGCUGGAGGAGGCGUCGGCAUUGCGCUCUUCAGCGUCGCCUAUAAAGAAGCUGUCGGAAAACUAGGUUGGCGACUCGGCCUGCAGGCGGUGACGGGAAUCCUCGUGCUAGCUUUCUUCCUGAGCGCCGUCUACCGCAGCGCGUCGCUCUACCAUCCUCAGAGGAGAGCCAUCCUCCACCUCAAGAACCAACGCCGCAAGGUGAAAGAAAAGAAAGGCCUUAAAAGGCCGCCACUUAUCGACCUAAGCCCCCUGAAUUCAAGACCUGCGAGAGUGCUACUUCUCUCAGCUGGAUUAGCAGCCUUCGGACUGUACACUCCAGUGUUUUUUCUGGCACUACAAGGGUUCCAAGAAGGCUUGGAGGAGAGCGCGCUGGUGCUGCUGCAGACCUUCCUCGGGUUUGCCGCGGUGCUGGGCUGCGCCGGCUUCGGGCUCGUGCUGGUGCGGCCCUCGGCCCAGUGCCUCGUCUCCAAGCAGUACCUGUGCCAGACCGCCAUGCUGGGCAUCAGCAUAUCAAUGUUGGCACUAAGCAGCGUAGAGGGCUAUCACGGAUACGUUCUCUUCGCGUGGAUGUACGGCCUCUGUCUCGGAGGCUUUCUGUACUCCAUAAAAAUGCUCACAAUGGAACGCGUCCGCGGGCGACACUUCACGAAGGUUUGGGGUUUCGUGCAAGGUGCUGAAGCGAUUCCUGUUAUAGUAGGCGUUCCAGUCACAGGGUAUAUCAAUCAGCAAGCUCCAAGAGCGGGCUUCUACUUUUCGACAGCGGCGACCCUUGCGGGCGCUGUGCUGUUGUUCUUCGUGGGUUUCUCUAAGAGGGAGCCGGAGCCUCCGCCGGCUCCGGCGCCGACUAUCGCAGAGGCUUGUCCCUGUAUAACUCCUCCUCCGCGAUGCGAGCCAGCGUGGUGUGCUUGCAGCGCCGGCGGGGCGACAGCGUACUGCGGCUGGCCGGGGCCUACGUGUGGCUCACGGUUGCCCAAAUCGUUGUCAUAUGCGGCUCCGUUGGACAGAGUGUGUUGCUCAGCAGCUCACUGCCCUGAUUGUUGGAGGAGGACCAUUCCUCUUAGGCCGUCUCGGAGUGUGCCUGAAGGCUUAGCCCGACGAGGCAGCACGUGGAGCCGCGCUGGUUCUUGCCGCCAGGCCUGCCGCCGCCGCGAACACCACCUAAUCGAACAAAUCACGACCUCUGUAUGAUACCUGUGUAGAACUAUUAUGAACGGCUGCUAUUUCGAAAGUGAAAAGUCACAGUGUAAAUAUUUUGUUCCUUGGUAGAGGUUAUCGUGUCGAAAUGAUAGGAUAAACUUUGAAGCAAUAAUAUUGGAUUGAAUGAGUGUUCAGUGAACGAAACGCGGACGUGAUACAAGUUGAUGAGCUACUUCGUUACGUAGCAUUGUGUUCUACAACAAUGUGAUUUAAAAAGUAGUUAUCAUGUUUUCAGUUAAACCUGUGCCAAAAUUGAUGAUGUAUCUAUGGCAUAUUUUGCGUAAAAUACUUUAUCACUUUUACUAUACAACGGUAGAAGAUUGUAAGAUACCUAAUAGUUAAAUUAUUAGCCCAUUUUUUCUUAACUCUUCAAGUACUUGUGGGACCUUUAUCAUUGUAGCUAAUACCUACUAACUUUUUAUCAAAUAGUGAAAAAUAACUCUAUGUCCUAAAUAUUAACUUUAAAACUAUUAAAUUGUACAGAUUCAAAUAAGAUAUUCUUAACUAAAUUUUCUUUUUCUCGCAUCGACUAGUAAUUAUAAUUAACAGAUGAAAUAAAUAGAAGAAGAAAUAUUUAUAUCAAUAAAUGUAAUUACAAGAGUAUUAUUAUUAAUAUAAAAACAGAGUCAAUUUUAGCAAUUUAUUCGUUAACUCGUUUAAGUAUACUUUAGAAUAUGUUUAGACAGUUUGCGUUUGUUACUGUUGCAGAUCGAUUUAUUGUUUGUUACAUGUAAUUUAAUGUUACACAAUUUGUUAUUUUGUACUAAAGUGUGAAUACGAGUUUGGUGAUUUGAAUAAAAAAUAUUAAAUUAUUUAGG